AUGUACUUUUCAAUUCCAAAACCCGUACGUGGUCGAAUCGCGCAAGUUUACUCCCAAACUGAUGACCCGAGUGCAGCCUCACUACUCGCCGUUGUGCCCGAACUCCGCAACCAGAUCUACGAGUACUUGCUCAUAGACUUCUGCCCAAUCACAAUCAAGAACGAAGUUGGAAACGACAAUGACGACACCUUCAGCAAGAUCAGUGACUUCUGGGGAAGCUCGGCCAUUAUUCGUACUUGCCGCCCGUUCUACCAUGAGGCCGUGAGUAUUCUUUAUAGUCGGAACGUCUUGCACUUUCAAUACAACGUACGAUAUCAUGGAGGGUACGGCGCUACCUUUACUAGUCCUGCCGAGAUGUGCAUAGAAUGGGUAAAAGACAUUGGAUCGUGUCUCUCAGGACUGCGCACUGUCAUCAUAAACAUGGACGUACCCGACAUACCACGACAUUGUGAAGACCUUGGAGUUGAGUUAGACAUAUGGGAUCAUGCCCGCACGAAGAUGCCUAUUCUACCGUUACUCGACCUCUACUGGAACGAAAUCGCACAUAACAUUUCAGUUCAAUUCGAGGGCACAAUGAACGAUUCAUGGGAUCUGGAUGAUGAAGAACCAGAUAAACUCAUCGUCUCAUGCAUUACAAGCGCCCUGUGUGAGCUGGGAAAGAAGGACGCAUUGGGUUUGAAGAGAACACGCCGCUUGCUACAACACAUCUACGUAUAUCCAAGUGGCACCCGAGGCACAUUAUCGGUGGAGACACAGAAAUACGAAUUCGUCUCUUUACCAAAGCCCUUGAGCCUACUCCACUUACCUGCUGAGAUCAUUCGUGCUAUCGCUCGGCUUUCAAUCGAGGAUGUAGAAGUUACUUACAACUUCCAAACUGGUGUUACGCAUGGCAAUAGCUUCGGCUUGCUCAACGUUGAUAAGCAGUUCCGCGAUCUAGUCCACCCAGUCUUUCUUUACAAAGGCCGCUUCACCCUUAUCGUGGGCUCUGAUUCUUUGCAGCCUGCGAAGGCAUUGUAUCAAGUACUUGAGCGUCGCAUUGCGGAAACUUUCGAAGAUUCCAGGUUAUACAAUUCUCACAUGGAGUACUGUACUCCAAUUGAAGCGGCCCAAGAUUACGAGAACGAGCCAACUAUCGUUCUGCAGUUCCAGACUAUCGACCACAUACAGAUCAACGCAUGGGAUCUCCUACGAGUCACUACAGUCUUCCCACCCAGCACUACCAUCGUCGUUCGUGUGUGUGGUCAUAGCGGUAGUCUCUACUCUACGACAUUGGGCGAGAUCCGAAAGUAUGCCCUGGUAUUCGUGGAGGACCUGAAACUCAAAGCAACCUCGGACAACCGCAGGAGCAUCGUCGAAGUUUCGCUUGACGAGCAGUGUCUUCCUGUGCGAGCCAUCUUCCGGAAGGGAGACCAUGAAUUGGAGGAUGUUGAUUCAAACAUGGCAAAGGCCGUGGAUGUGAUUGACAUUGCUUCUUUGCACAAGAAAGUCGGGACGGUGACGUGGAAACACUACAAGCAGAUGAACGGGUUCAAGUGUGUCACGCAACCAAAGAGCUGGGAUGGCAAGACGGUGUAUGGUCUCGUCAAGCGUCUCAGGUCUCUCUGUUAA